CGAACUGGCGAUUGCAUUGUAGUACACCCUGCGUUCAGUUAUUGUCAAAUAGAAAAAUGUCAGCGGCCGGAUUGUUAGUUUGUUCAUUUGUACCAAUUUUAUCGAUAUUUGUGUUAAAUAUCAAUGGACAAGGGAAUCCAAAUCCCGGCACAGUUGGCAUUCAUCGUAGAUUUGAGUAUAAAUAUUCAUUUAAGCCUCCAUAUUUGGCACAAAAGGAUGGAACAGUACCUUUCUGGGAGUACGGUGGCAAUGCAAUCGCCAGUUCGGAUAGUGUGCGAGUUGCACCAUCUUUACGUUCCCAAAAAGGUGCAAUUUGGACCAAGAGUUCGACAAAUUUUGAUUGGUGGGAGAUAGAAAUAGUGUUUCGAAUAAACGGACGAGGUCGAAUUGGUGCUGAUGGUUUGGCCUUCUGGUACACUACUGAGAAAGGUGACUAUAAUGGCCCCGUAUUUGGUUCUUCAGAUCGUUGGAAUGGUUUGGCAAUUUUUUUUGAUUCUUUCGAUAACGACAACAAGCACAACAAUCCUUACAUAAUGGCUGUUUUAAAUGAUGGUACGAAACAAUUCGAUCAUCAAAACGAUGGGACUACGCAAUUGCUUUCUGGUUGUUUGAGGGAUUUUCGUAAUAAACCUUACCCUACACGUGCUCGCAUUGAGUAUUAUAACAACGUGUUAACCGUACUCUUUCAUAACGGUAUGACAAAUAACAACGAAGAUUAUGAGAUGUGUUUGCGGGCUGAUGGCGUUCAAUUACCUAAAAAUGGAUAUUUUGGCUUAUCUGCUGCGACGGGUGGUCUUGCCGACGAUCACGAUGUGUUUCAUUUCUUAACGACUUCACUGCAUCCUCCUAGCCAAGUGCCCAGUGAUGUUAAAGUUCCCGACCAUGAUGAAAAAUUAUCGCAGGAAUACAAAGAGUAUCAAGAGAAAUUGGAAAAACAAAAACAGGAAUAUAAGCGCGACCAUCCUGAUCAGGCCAAAGAUGAAGAGGAUUGGGAAGAGUUUUAUGAAUCGGAAAAUCAACGCGAAUGGAGGCAAAUUUGGCAGGGACAAAGUCAAAUUUUUGAUCAGAUACGUGAACUUUCCCGAAAAAUUGAUGAGGUCAUUGGUAGACAAGAGAAUACUUUGUCGCUGGUGUCUCGCAGUAUGGCUGGUGCCGGAGCUGUUGGAACAGUGCCCGGCCAAACUGGACCCCAGCCGUCUCCUUCCGUGGGUGUAGGCGGCACGAUAUCGCGCCCGGAAGUUGAUAUACUCAUAUCGAAUCAGAAUACCCUUCUGACAACAGUCCGAGAGUUGAGGUCACUAGUAGGCGAUAUUCAUGCAAGAGCAGAUACCAUUUUACAAAAUCAACAACGAGCUCCCAGUGGUCAAGUGCAAGCGACCGGCUAUGACAUACAGUCGGCCAUACAUGAAAUGCGCGAUGGCAUGAAUCAAGUCAAACAAGGCCUGUCGCAUAUGUCUCAGAAAUUGCCUACGCCUCAGGGGCAGAUUGCUUGCCCCACAAGCAAUUGUGUCGGUGUAACUUUGUUUCUGAGCGUUACCGUUGUGCAGCUGUUAUUAAUUUUUCUUUAUACAGUUUUCAAGAGUCGAAGUGAUGCCCAAGCUAAAAAGUUUUAUUAGAUUAUAAAUAGUUUUCAUAUGAGCAUCUUUCCAGGGAUUUACGAGUUCUCUUUAAUCUAAUCAUGCUUUUUCAUGUUGUUUCCAGAGUAGCGUUUGUACUGAAUUAUUUAACAAAAAAAAAAAAAACAAAAAAAAAAAAGAGAAAAAAAAGGGGAAAAAAAGAAAAGCCAAAAAAAGAGGAAGGAAUGAAUCAAAGUUUCAGUUUUCCAAAAGGCGCUCGAUCACCAACCUAAUCAAUAUAAAAUGAAAAACUACAAAAACAAGAAAAACGCAUUUAUGCCGUAGAAAGAAUUGACUGAACUUUUCACUUAAAUGUUUUUCUACAACUUGUGUUGCUUUGUUUUAAUUUUUUAAAUUUUAUUUUAUUUUUUUUAUUUUAAAUAGAAUUGUUUUUAAUGUAAAAAAAUCAAUUUGAUACUGUAUUGAGUUUAUUCAAAUUGGUUUUCCUUUCACAUACAG